AGUCACAUUGGAUGGCGAAAAGAAGCUAAAAGAUUGCUGCUGGUGAUGACAGAUCAGACAUCUCAUCUUGCUCUUGAUAGCAAAUUGGCAGGCAUAGUGGUGCCGAAUGACGGAAACUGCCAUCUGAGAAACAAUGUCUACGUCAAAUCAACAACCAUGGAACAUCCCUCGCUAGGCCAACUUUCAGAAAAGCUAGUAGACAACAACAUUAAUGUCAUUUUUGCAGUUCAAGGAAAACAGUUUCAUUGGUACAAGGACCUUCUACCCCUUUUACCUGGUACCAUUGCUGGUGAAAUACAGUCAAAGGCUGCAAACCUCAAUAAUUUGGUAGUAGAAGCUUAUAAGAAACUCAUUUCAGAAGUAAAAGUUCAGGUAGAAAACCAGGUACAUGGUGUCGAUUUUAACAUUACUGCCAUCUGUCCAGAUGGGAACAGAAAACCAGGCGCUGUGGGAUGUGGGAACGUGACAAGCAAUGAUGAAGUUCUUUUCAAUGUAACAGUUACAAUGAAAAAUUGUGAUGUCACAGGAGGAAAAACAUAUGCAAUAAUCAAACCAAUUGGUUUCAAUGAAACCACUAAAAUUCAUAUACACAGAAGCUGCAGCUGUCAGUGUGAAGACCACAGAGGACCUGAAGGACAGUGUGUAGAUGAAAUUCUCCUAGAUCCCAAGUGUGUGCAGUGUGAAGAGAGUAAGUGUCAUUUUGAUGAAGACCAAUUUCCAUCUGAGAGUUGCAAGUCACACAAGGAUCAACCUAUUUGCAGUGGUCGAGGAGUUUGUAUAUGUGGGAAGUGUUUGUGCCACAAAGCUAAGCAUGGAAAAGUGUAUGGGAAAUACUGUGAAAAGGAUGACUUUUCUUGUCCAUAUCACCAUGGAGAUAUGUGUGCUGGUCACGGAGAGUGUGAAGCAGGCAGAUGCCAAUGCUUCAGUGGCUGGGAAGGGGAUCGGUGCCAGUGCCCAUCAGCAUCAGCCCAGCAUUGUGUCAAUCCCAAGGGGCAGGUGUGCAGUGGAAGAGGCACAUGUGUGUGUGGCAGAUGUGAAUGCACUGAUCCCAGGAGCAUCGGGCGUUUCUGUGAACACUGCCCCACCUGUCACACAGGCUGCAGUGAAAACUGGAAUUGUAAGCAAUGUCUUCACCCACACAAUCUAUCUCAAGCUGUACUUGACCAGUGUAAAACCUCAUGUGCCCUCACAGAAGUGCAUUAUAUGGAACAAACACCAGAAUGUUUGUCUAGCCCAAGCUACUUGAGAAUAUUUUUCAUCAUAUUCAUAGUUACUUUCUUGAUUGGGUUGCUUAAAGUCCUUAUCAUUAGACAGGUGAUACUACAAUGGAAUAGCAAUAAAAUUAAAUCCUCAUCAGAUUACAGAGUGUCCACCUCAAAAAAGGACAAAUUGAUUCUGCAAAGUGUUUGCACAAGAGCUGUAACCUACCGGCGUGAGAAACCUGAAGAAAUAAAACUGGAUAUCAGCAAAUUAAAUGCUCAUGAGACUUUCAGGUGCAACUUCUAAGCAAAGAUAAAAAAAAAAUUUUAUGGAAAACUGGAUUUUUAAAAUAAUUGCUCCUAAAAAAUAUAAUUUUAAAAGUCACAGGAGGAGACAAAUUGUUUGAGAUCAUGCCAUUCCUGGUUGCUUACUGGCAAACAUCCUCAAUGUCAUGUGACUCACACAGCUGCUGAAUUUUCCAGAGAAAAAUGUGUCUUACUACUGUUUAAGACUAGUGUCAUUGUAGCACUUUACUGUAAUAUAUAACUUAUUUAGACCAGCAUAGAAUGUAGAUCAUCUGAAGAGCACUGAUUACACUUUACAGGUACCUGCCAUUCCUAUGCUUCCCGUAAAGACAAAAUGCGUGAGACAGGUUAGCAUUGUGUCCUUACAAGGGUGCAGUAAUAAUUCCUGCACAGAACAUGAAGAUGAAAGUAAUAGUCCAGCAGUUCCAUACAAAAGUUGCCGAACAGUUUAACAAUUGGCAGUGACUAGACAAGAACAACCAGACGAAUAAAUUAUUAAUGCUUCACUCCUUCAGGAAGUGAACAGAUAGACUCUUAAUAUUAAGGGAUAUUGUUUCAAGACUGUGUAGUUUGAUACAUGUAUAUGUUUUCUUCUUUUUACAAAAUGGAUACUAAUUCCAACAUUCGCUCCCAUUUUCAUUUAUAUUUUGUUUUUUCCCUUCCAGAAUAGUUUAUUAUAUAUGUGACAAAUGACUGGACUAAAUAAGUGCUAAGUUACUACUGCCAUAAAGACCUAUAAUAUAAUGUCACUUUAUUAUAAUACUGGUUUUAAAAGUUGAAUGUUAA